AUGCCUCCGAAAGCUUCCGGUAAGAAGGUGGCCCCGGCCCCGUUCCCUCAGGGACGUGCGGGUGCGAAGAAGGUUGCCAAGAACCCGUUGAUCGAGAAGCGCCCUCUCAACUUCGGCAUUGGCCAGGACAUCCAACCCCGCCGCAAUGUGUCGCGUAUGGUGAAGUGGCCCGAGUACAUUCGCCUGCAGCGCCAGAAGAAGAUCCUGGGUCUGCGCCUGAAGGUGCCGCCCGCAAUUGCGCAGUUCCAGCACGUGCUUGACCGCAACACGGCUGCGCAGGCUUUCAAGCUCCUGAACAAGUACCGCCCGGAGACCAAGGCGGAGAAGAAGGAGCGUCUCCUCAAGGAGGCUACGGCCAUCAAGGAGGGCAAGAAGAAGGAGGACGUCAGCAAGAAGCCGUACACGGUCAAGUACGGUCUGAACCACGUUGUCGGCCUGGUCGAGAACAAGAAGGCUUCGCUGGUCCUGAUCCCCAACGACGUCGACCCGAUUGAGCUGGUUGUCUUCCUGCCGGCUUUGUGCCGCAAGAUGGGCGUCCCGUACGCCAUUGUGAAGGGCAAGGCCCGGCUCGGCACCGUCGUGCACAAGAAGACUGCUGCUGUUCUUGCGUUCACCGAGGUGCGCUCCGAGGACAAGACGGAGCUGUCCAAGCUCGUCUCGGCCGUCAAGGACGGCUACUUGGAGAAGGGCGAGGAUGCCCGCAAGCGGUGGGGUGGUGGCAUCAUGGGCGAGAAGGCCAACAAGCUCAUCGAGAAGAAGCGGAAGGCCAUUGAGACGGCCAUCAAGGUCUAA